AACCAACUUCGCUAGCCAAGGGUGUUCAAUACGAUACUCUCCUAUUCACCCUUGGCGGAUCUCACGACAAAACCGAAGUUCCCGCUGCUACAUUUUGAUUGGAUGCGGUUAGAUUUAACCGACCAAUUAAAACGCGCGUUGUAAAUGUACACAACAAAGAUGGCGGCGCCCACGGAGACAUGUCGUGUGUGUCACAAUCAGCUGCCAGCGAAGUCGAGAAGAAUUAUAUUUGGCCCUACAUUUAAUGUUUUCGACCAGCUUAGUCAAGUGAUAGGGUAUGUUGCUCUCCAAACCGAUGGUAAAAGUAAAUAUGUAUGUGGAUUCUGUUUUACAAAAUUAAACAAAUUGUCAAAAAUCGACUUCGAUCUCGUAACAAAAUUGGAAACGCUGAAGAAUGAAAAACAGAAACUUGUUUCAGAACUCAGAGACAAAUAUCUGACAAAUAUGCCACAAACACAAACACCUAAAAGUUUAAAGCGAACUAAGCCUCUGCAGCACACUCCAACACCAAGGAAAUCAAAAAAGGCUCUGUGGACUACACCUUCACGUUCUACGCAUGCUGUACAAACAGCGCCUGCUUCGACACCUAAAACGUCAAAGCCAGCUAUAACCGGUGUGAAAGUUAAACUGUUUACACCAUCAAAGAUCAAGGUGUUGUACAGAAUCAAGGACAAGGUCAGGUCAAAAGUAUUGAGGGAAAAGGGUUCCAUCGCAAUGGUUAAAAGUAUCAUGUAUGGUAAACCAGGAGCAGCCAAGUGUGUGUAUUCAGCCCUCCAACAACCAAUCAGAAAAUGUGUUUUGAGAGACAUUCAGAAAGAAAUUUCUAAAUUAACUUCAACAUUAAAUCUGUCAUUAUUUAGAAGAAUAGACCACAAGAAUCUGACAUCAUUUUCCUUUGAAAACAUCAUCACUGAAGUAAAGAUAUGGGCACCAUUUUUUCAUAACCUUAUAUCAACCCUGGUAAAGAACUCAUCAAUUGGAGAAGCAGUAGUGUCCGCUCUUAUUCUGAAAUUCCAUAAUACACACAUGACAGCCUUCCAUCAUGUGAUCGGACAGGUACUGGACCAUUGUGGUGCCACUGAUGAGUGUAUUGCAGUGCUGAACAGACUAGGUGUGUGUGUAUCCACAUCAGCAAUGUCAAAAAUGAAGUCAAAGCUACAGGAUCACCAAAGUAAACAAAUUGAAGACUUGUUAAUCAAGGAGAAAAUUGAGUUAGAGUGCAAUGAACCUGCUCAUCAUGCUGUAGAGAAGCAGACUGACACAAGGGAGACACAAGAGGCACAGCUUGCAGUUGAGAAGGCAUCUGGUAGGAGCAAGUCUAGUGAUAUAAUAGGGGAUAACAUAGAUAUUACCAGAAGUGUGUCAAAAAUGACCAAAGAAAAACGUCGGCAGAGCUGGCACUGGUUUUUACUGGUUGGUGUUGAAAAACGCAUUUCUAAUCCUGAUCUUUCCGACAUUGCACCAGCUGACAUCAGUCUCCUAGAAAACUCCAAGUUUAUUCCAAGUUUGGAAGAAUGUCAGUCAUUGGAGGAGAGAUUUAUAUUUCAUAUCAUGAGGGUUCUGGUUAAGCAUGUAAAUCAUCUGAAGAGAUAUGAAUGCUGUGUGCCAAAGUAUCUUCAACACCCAUUUAUGAAGGAAUCUUCCCAGAAAUCUAAUUUUGUCAUAUUAGACUUGUUAGAUAAAAGUGAGAACAAAACAGAAGACAUGAUCAGUAUUUUAGAGCAUAUCCAUAACAGAUAUAUCCCACACGAUGCUGAAUCUUCUGUCAUAAAAAAGAAAGUGUUUGGUGGUGAUGUGCUAACAAAUGAGCGUGCAUACUGGGCUCAGUUAGCAAUGUUGAACAGUCCAAGUGAUUUUGAGAAACUUGCAGGAGUUGUGCAUAGGCCUGAGGGACUUCAUAGAAUGAUGAAUCUCCUUUUGGUAAUCCUGUUGAAGUCAAACCAGUUCAUUGUUCAAGUUACAAGGCAUGUUUUACAAUUUUCAAGUUAUUAGGUAGAUGUAGAUUAGAAUUCAGAAUGCCAUAUAAUUUUGAAAUAAGUUCAAUUUUCUUGCAUACUUUUUAGAAACUGUUUUGAUUCACAUACCUGGGUGUUUGAAUCUUCCCGAUUGAGAACAUGUCACAGAUGUAUCGGGUAAAUCAGCAGUUAUAAUGAAUCCUAAUCAAACAAAAUAAAAAUGGAAACAUUAAAAAAAAUCCAUACAAAUUAUUUGUUAGUUUGCCAAGUUGGUCACCCUGGGAAUAGCCAGCGUCACUUUAGGGAGGAUAUGUUCUCUGUAGUAGCUGGUUGCUACCUCACUGAACAACAUACAGGAAGCCUUUCUCUGUCUCAAUUACCCUUUUUCAGAAAAAUGUCUUGAUGAAAUUCUAAAUAUCUCUUAUUUUGUAAACAAAUGCUGAAAACUUACCAAAUGAAUCUUGUAUGAAAAUGAUAUCAUAAUAAAUAGGGUUACAAUUCACCUUUAGAGAAGAUCUCUCCAUAAUUUUUCCAGGGAUUAAAUGAACACCCUUGUGAUGUUGAUCUCUUUAUUGACUUUAACAAUCUGUGUUUGCAUUAAGUUUUAUUUUUUACUGCAUGCAAGUUCAU